CGCCGUUGGUAUCGCGUUGUGGUCGGUUUGUAUUCGUUCGCCCACGUGAGCGACUGCAGAAAACGCUCGAGUGUGCGUGUAUAUGCAUGCGUGAUUGUGAUCGGAUGUAGUAGCACAUCGGGGUGGACAUAUAAAUACCGGCAGGAAAACGAUGCGCGUCUCUCGUUAGUGAUGGAUUUUUUCUCGUACGUCGCGUAGGGGCGACGAGGGCCAGAACCGCUGGUCUGUGUGCAAACGGGGCGCACGCGCCGCACGAAGCGUUUCAAAAGAGCGGAAUCUCUUUUCACGUCCUUUACACAGUGCACCGUUGAGAUAACCGACCUUUCUGCGCACACCCCGCGCUUAUCCCAUUGCAACGAAAAACGCAAAGAUACUCGCAAGUCCGGUGGCCGCGCCGAUGCGCUCAGUCAAUUAGCGGUAAUGGCACGACCUGCCGCGUCGGUCUCGGUCAAUUAAAUGGUGAUUAGUGCGCGAGUCUGUGCCCCCCCCUUCUCCGUCGCUCGUCUCAUCUCUUUCUCUCUUCUUCCGUACACACGGACGUAACCGCUCCCCUCCCGUCGCGUCGCGACAGUCAACUACUACUACUACUCCGACGAUAGAGUCCCGUGUGGGGAGUCCCUUGUUGCAGAGGCGAGAAGAGCGCGAAUCUCAGUGUGAACGUCAACCGUGUUGCAAGGUCGGGGGAGGUGGCGGACGGCGCUUCUCUUGUUGGCGGCGGUAUCUCUUUUUCACGGCGGCGCGUCGACGCGUCUGUUAAGCGCGCGGACUCCCGACGCGCGCGCGUGCGACUGCGUAUAUGUGGUGGUAGAACGGAGCGCCUACGGGCCCCCCGAGGCCGUAAAUCACGCGUGGACGAGAGGAGACGGGAGUCCGAAGCACACCCGCAAGGAUGCGCGUUGAGCGGUGAUACUCGACCGGUCACUUUCGCUCCGGAAAGGAUCGUUAUCUGUCAAAAAUUUCGACCCCGUUGUCGCGCCAUCGCUCAAUAUAUUCAAUCGCUCCCUCGGAAUUCGAGAAGCAACAGCGCGUAGUGAGAAAAUUGUCGUCACUGAACCCUGUGGAUUUUUUAAUGUGACGCGAUCAUAUAUCAAAAUUGUGAGAACAACCGAUUUGUAGUGGAUAAUAUCAUGUGCGGUCGCUCGACGAAAGGCAAAAGAUGCUUCGCGAUCGUACGCUUCAGUUUGUGAAGGAAAAUUGUCGGCAUUGUCGUGCCGUCGAGACUGUCGUCAUCGCGGUCUAGUCUCCUAACCGCGUUCAAAGUGUAUACCGUAUUCCCAUCGCCGUAUUGCGGCUUCGCUUGGAGGAACCAGUCGCCAAAAUGGAGUUUCGAGCACCACAUCCGCUCGCGCACUCGCACGCCGGACACCCGUAUUAUUAUCCAGGUCUACAGCCUGCCAGCACCAAAGCUCAGCCAACCUCGAUUGGCAAGUCCCACCGACCUAGUUCCGUACAACCUCAGGGUCACACCCCGGGACCUGGACCGGGCGGACAGCAGAACAACAGAAGCUUCGCCGCAGCCUUGAGGAACCUGGCGAAGCAAGCGGGCCCAGCACCUCAGGAAGAGGAACCCCGUGCCAGUCCGAAGAACCGGGCGCCACCGCCCCUGGUCAGAGGUCCCUCCCCUGCCAAGGAACGAUCGACGCACGAGCGAAGACCCGAAGAGAUUCCCUCCUUAUACACGACAACUGCCAGACCCGUUGAAACCAGCAAACAUAGCGCAACUGCCGCGGCUUCCGAUUUGCUAGCCCGUUCCGGUUUUCAACCGUACCGGCCUGAACAUCAUCCGCCCCAUCCGGCAGCACCGACGUUCGCCUUAGACCCUACCUAUAGCCCCUAUCAUCCCGGUCUCUAUCCACCGCCGCAUCUGCAUGCUUAUAGCCGGCUAGAGGAACAAUUGUACUUGGAGCGGUGCGGAAUGUUGAGACCGCCGUUGUUUCCUGGACUACCGUCGUAUCCUCUCUAUGGAUUGAGAUACAGCGCGGACAUGCUUCCGCCGCCGCCCGCCUCUCUGGGUCUUAUGUCUCCGGUGAUGCACGAACGGCUAAAGCUAGAGGAGGAACAUAGACUGCGGCAAGCACGGGAGCAGGCUAUGCGGGAGGAGGAGGAAAGGAGAAGAGCAGCGAGAAGUUCUGCUUCUGCUGCCCCAGUACCCCCGCCUGCACCUGCAUCCACCGAUACUGCAGCUAGGAAGCCGACCAUAGCGGCUCAGAUGCAUAGCGAUCGGGACCGAGAACGCGACACCAGAGAACGACAGAGUGGUGUCGGCAGUGGUAGUAAAAACAGCGGCAGUGGCAGUACCGCCGCCAUCAGUAAUACCAGUAGCAAUAUCAGCGGCGGAAUCACUACUGCCGCUAACAGCAGUUACCAUCAAUCUCGAAAAGAAGAGCAGCAACCACCUGCUCCAACAGUCGCUCCACCACCACCGCCACCACCACCACCUCCACCACCACCACCUCCAUCAUCAACUUCUUCCGAUCCUGCGGUAGCGACAGUAGCACCAGGAGCCACACCAUCUAACAUCUAUCAUUCUCGUCUGCCAUCUUUUUAUGGAGCUCCUAUUCUACCCAUGGCUCCUACUUUGCCCCCUCUGAACCUUCCACCACCACCUCCGACGGCCAUAAGCACAGCGCCGAUCGGUCCUGCGCCGCCGAUACCCUCCAUGCCAAGUUUGACGCCGAGCGUGAUAACACCGCAGCCAUUAUCCUUAGGCAUGCCCAUUUCAUCUCUUAUUUCUAUUCCCUCUUUCCAUAUACCUCCCGCGCCGUCAAGUACCAUUCAUUCUAGUCAGCACGCAGCUACGACCACCACGGUCAACAGUUCCAUUUAUUAUCAACAACAGCAACAAUGCCAACAAACCCCGUUGCCACAGCAACAGCAGCAGCAGCAGCAACAACAGCAGCAACAACAGAAUCAACAACGCGCGCACAAUACAAGCGGUACGACAACUACUACGACUUCCACGCCUAGUACGUUGACAACGUACGCAGUCUUGACACCGCCCAACGGUUCUUCGUUGACAUUAAACGCAACGAAUCACGCCCUCAAAUCUCCACCUCUGUCCCAUAGCGUUCAUGGUCCGUUUAGCGCGCCAAAAAUUAAGGAAUCAUCAACGGUAAUGACAACAACGACAGGAACGGUGCCUACCACAACGAUUAUCACGACUACCACGACGAGUACUAUCGUAACAUCGCAGCAGCCAGUUUUCGUCAGGCCCUUUGAGGAUUCGUUCCACGCUUCCUCAACGAAAACGCAUCAAAGAUCGAUGAUGAAUAGUUACAAUCACAGCAUAGCAAAUCAAAUUGGUCAUCACGAGCCGCCAUCGUCUUUGCACGCGUCUACGACUGUGCACACAUCUAUGAAGUCCUCUCCUAUAAUGCCGACCAUCACCCAAGCGGUGAGCAGUCAAGCGGUGCAGGAGAAUUCCCCGACGAUAGACAAAUCUAUAAGCAGCCAGCAAACGCUGGUGGUUACCCAACCGAUACCGUUUCCAUCGCAGCAACAGUAUCACAUACCUGUCGCGCACGUGCCAAGUCUUUACAAACCGCCGCAUUUCUCAUCGUCGUCGUCAACCCAUCAACAAUAUCACGCUCAGCCUAAGCUCAACAUACCGACGAUAAGUAUCAGUAGCACUCACAGCAGCACUGGGAGUAAUGCAGUGACCACUACCUCAAGCAGCACGAAACAACAACAGCCGAAUACGCAUCUUAUUAACGAGACGUAUCAAACGACGACAGCGAUAACUACGGUGAUGGUAGCGACGACGACGACAACCACGACAACGACAACGGCGACGACGACAACCACGUCAACGCCGACGCCGACACCGACGGAGACGGCAUCGGUAACUCCAACUUCGCAAAAUGACACUACAGUCAAUAACUGCGUUACAAACGAGAUGAACAACACUACCUUUAGUGCUAACAAUCAAGUUAUUGGCGGCAACAAAGUCGCAAAUCACACGAUCGCUGCAAUUCCGCGAAACGACGGUGCGAUUAAUAAUUGCGUUCUUAACGAAAAAACGGCGAACGAAAAAAGCACGAGUGAGAAGAGCAUGAUCGAAAAAAAUGUUGCCGAAAAGAGUGUGAUCGAAAAGACCGAAAUUGUCGAAAGUCCGAUCAAGCAGCCGCAGUUGCCAUAUCAGAAUCACGUCGAAACAAUUCAAGACAAUGUUUCGGUUCCGCAAGUGCCACGCGACGAACAGAAAGAUCUGGACGAGAAAGAACAUAAGACGCAGGAAGAAGAUUUUAAUAAUAAGAUGCAGUGUGAUCAGAACAAUCUAUUGUCCACAUUAUUGCUUCAACCGAACUUUAAGUUCAGCAAGAGUGAUAUCGCGCAAAAACCCAUGGACAAAACGCAGUUGAUACAGAGUAUCAAGUCCGAAAAGGUGUUGCGCACUUGUCAGAACGUUUCAAACGUGCUCCUUCAGAUUCCAAAGUAUCAGGAAAAGCUCUUGAGCUUCAAGACUAACAACAACGAGUCGAAGACGACCGCGUUAUGUUUCACCGACAAGUGCAAUAACAAUGAGGUUUCCGUGCAGUGCGAGCCAGCAGUGCUGAACGUGCCUAAACCUAACAAGAUAGUGUUCAAGCAAUUGUUUGAUAUACCGCGACAGUUGAUAUCGUCCCUCGAUCUGGCCGAAAAGAGACGCAAGCGGAGAAGGGAAAGAAACACAAGCGUCAUGUGCAGCUCCGAUUCGGAGGAUGAGGAAGGAACCAAAAACAUGGACCUUUGGAUUACAAAAGGUCCGCCAGCUAAACUACAAUAUUCAAAAGACAAGCUGGCCUUUUUAGCCAUAUUCGGACUGACGACGCUAACUGUUAAAAACGAAAUGGAAUUGUGUAAGGUUGAGAGAAGGCACAAGUUGAAUCCCGAUCCACCAGUAAUACCUCUGGAUGUAAAGUCUACGGUAGAUUCUGUCUUACCGAUUCCGAAUGAGCACCCGGACGUUUUACUCUACACGCCAGAUUUCGAGCCGAAAGUUGAUUUUCUCAGGACUAUAGGCCUUAAAAUUAUGCCUCCGGAGAAAAGAGAUGAAGCAGAACAAAAGUGGCAGGACAUUUUGACAGAUCGCAAGAAACGAAAGUGCACGAACUCCGUUACUGCUUAUUGUGACAAAAUGGCCAAAGCCUAUUCCGAGAAUCCUCCAUCUUUGCCACAACAAUCUCUAAAAAAGCGACUGCUGGAAAAUAAAACAAAACUCAAUAUUCCAGUACAUCCAUUAUCUUUACCGCCCUUACUUAAUAUCGAAAGAUGUUUUCCUCCUUUACCUAUGCCUGGUGAGAAUGGUGUGAAACAACUUAAACCUGUGAGUCAUCUCGCUCAAUCAACAGACAGAUCUACCCAGUUACUAAAACAACUUGCCCAACCGUCAAGACACCUCAUCCAAUCAUCAAGUCAACUUGCCCAACCAACAAAUCAACUCCUAUCUAGUAAAUAUGCUCAACCGUCAAGUAUAUCAAUUCUAUCAGCAAAUAAGCCUGCUCAGUCAGCAAGUAAAUCUGCUAUCCAAUCAGCCAGUAAACCUACUCAUCUAAUCAAUAUACCCAUCUCACCCGUAAAUCAACUUUCCCAAUUGGCAUCUAAAUCUACUCAGUCAGCAAAUAUAUCCCACCAGCCAACAAGAAAAUCCAUUCAAUUAACAAGUAUACUGACCAAUCCAGCUAGUAAAUCCAUUCAGUCAGCGAGUAAAUUUGUAGACAAUAGUGAGAACGACGAAAUGGUUGAGGAAAUAGGUGAGGAAACAGGGCCGAGGUGGUCUGGAAUAGAGGACGUUAUGUUUGCCUACAGCAGAUACUGGAGAGAGAUGAUGCUGGAGAGGAACAUUCUGGCGAAUGAAACAUCAAAACUAAUGGAACAGUCCAACAAGUUGCAUUCCGAACGUGCUCAGUUGGAACAUAAGUUCUUGGAACUCCAGUCUGUCAAACAAACUCUCGAGAACCAGAAGCAAACGCUCAACGAACAAAUUGAGAGGAUCAACGCAUUUGUUAAAAACAAUAGAUAGCGUUGCGGAACGCACAACACGGAAACUCAUUCAUCUGUGAUAUUAUCAGCGGGUUAAGGGCCGUUAGCGCGUAAUUACGCACUAUUAAACGUAACACUUAGAUAAAUAAUGGUUAAGGAAACUUCUUGAGUGACCAAAUGUACAGCGAUUUUUCGUAUUGUUUUAUGAAUUUUAUUAUUAAUAAUAGUACAACGCGCUAUAUUUUGUCAGUCGACGAUCGAUCGAGAGAACGAAGACUGUUAUUCGACUCUCGAUUCGUCCGAUUCGCAGGCGAUGGCGAUCGUGUCUGGCUCAACGUUACCGCACAAUAGAUAUUAUUAUUAUUUUUUUUUUCGCGCAGAUCACCUCAAUAAGUGAGCGUAAAUGCGUCGAUCGUAAAUGCGGAGUCAUAUCAACCGUAUAUGCAGAUAUAUGUGUAUAAAGUCAUACAAUUGUACAAAAACAAAUUGUAUCCCAUCCGUGGAAAGACGACAAAGGCUUUCUAGUUUCACAACUAACGGCUCUUAUACUCUGAGCAUUAUAUUUGUAAUUGUAUCAUAAUAUUUUAAUGAGAAAAAAAUAGACAAAUCGUGUAACUUAUUUUAUUCUGCGUAAUGUGGACUUUUACGUCAAGGUACUUGGCAGGAAAACAAUGAUAUAUCACAACAAUUUGUAUGUCAAUCAAUGGAUAACAAUUAAGUGCGAGGAAGAUGAGACAUUAUAAUGUAGGAUUGAAAAGUGACAUUGGCUAUAUCAGACUGGCAGUGUGUCGAGAAAUCGUUCGCACGCAAACAAAGCGAUCACUUUUAUUUUUAUGUUUAACAUAGUAGCGCGUGUGUGGGGGAUGAAACACAGGAUCCAGAAAAAAUAAAAACAAAGCGGAUCACGUAAGUCUCGGAAGGUUGUGAGCACCGCGAAUCUAGACACAAAAGGGAAAAAUCGUGUUUUUCGGACGGUAAAAUAUUUUACACGAGUUUUAUGGUUUUUUUUCUUUUCUUUUUUUUUUCUUUUUUUUUAUUUAAAUCAACGUUGCGAGACAACUCUAGUCUAUGGAUAUGUCCGAAUUAUAACGGGGACGAAUUACAUACUGAUAUACGCAGGAUCAGAGUAGUGGGCAAUCCUUUCUUUCGAAUGUCUGCAUCGUUCGCUGUAACGAACGCGAAGGCCAGUGAUGAAAAUACGGGAAAAGGAACGUGUUUGUGUAAAACGACACUGCGGUACUUAGGUAAUGCGACUUAACUUUUAAAGAAAAACAAAAAAAAAUAAUAAAAUUGUGUGAGACCUUGCGCAGAGCACAUUCCACGUGAAAAUGCUUGUUACCCGACCACCAACAUUCCAACAUACCAUUUUACUACGACAAUCGAAUCGACUUGUUGAAGAUCAACAAAAUUUGAAAACAAAAACCAAACAAAACAACCGAUUGCACUACUGGGACUUUUGUUUGACGCGUUUAUCGCGUAUCCGCGAUAUAUUUUUCGCAGUAUCUUUGAAAUUUAUCUCGCUCUCUGCUCUCUGAGUGCAUCAUCUCGUCGAUACGUCGUACGCCGCAAAAGCAGCACCAUCCGCCCGCACGGUGCGCGCGAUAAAAACUACCAUUUAUAAUUUCGCCGUUUUUAUUCAUUGAGUGCCUAACAUUUCUUCCUACAUUUGUAAAUACCAUUAUUUUUAUGUAUUAUGUAACAAAAAGGGGACCGCAAGCGCGCCGGUCUCAGUCAAACUGGCCAGAACAAGAGCCUAGGAGUAAAUUGUU